AUGAGUGUGAAAGUUGAAUGGAUUCCUGGCCGUUUACCAACAGACCAUGAAGCAAAUGUUGAAGCAUAUUUUGAUUCUCGAGUCAAAAAGCUUGAUAAUGGCUACUUAGUUGGCUUCUUUAGAGGAAGAGAAUUAUGUGGUAAACCAUUAGAGUUACCAGAAGGAUAUACUCAAAAGAUAGUCAAAAUAGAAGAUGGCCACAUCAAAGAUUUUAAAGAAGUUUCAAAAGUUACAAUGUGGGAUCUUAACAAACCACAAUUAGAUAAAGCAGCAGAUUUCUUUGAUCUUGUAGAAAUAUCACAAGCCUUAGCUUCUGAUUAA